CUGAAUCUAACCAGAUUUCUGUCCUGAAAUACAUCUCUCAGUUUGGAAUGAUGGGAGCCUUGGUCACAGUCUUUUUCCUGUUAUUUUUUUCAGGGGCAGUUCUUGGACAUGGGUCCUCGAGAAAACAAGACAAAAAUUGUGAUUCUUUGAUGUAUCGGGACUUAGUUUCAUCAAAACCCCAGUUCUCCUUCAGAAACAUUGCCUAUUUCAAUGGAGAACGUGUCUACCAAUAUGACAGCAAUAGCCAGAAGGCAGUGCCUGAACCAGAAUGGGAAAAUGUGGAGGACUGGGACAAGGAAAGCCAGAUUCAAAAACAAAGAGGAGAUUUUGCAAUAGAGACCCUGAAAGAAAUCAUGAACAUCUCUAAAAAAGAACGUGAUUCGCAUGUCUUGAAUGGAAGGAUUAAGUGUGAGCUUUGCCAGAAUGAUGCCACCAGUGGUUCCUGGAGUUAUACCUAUGAUGGGAGUCCAUUCAUUAGGUUUGACAAAGACAAAGUAGCCUGGAUCGCAGAGCAACCUGCAGCUACCACGAUUAAACAGAAAUGGGAGGAAAACCCAGGUGCUGUGAAUCGGGCUAAGGAAUAUCUGGAAAAGGAAUGUAUUGAGACACUCAAAAAAUUCCGGGAUUACAAGAAGGCUAAUUAGGAUAAACCAGGUGGCCAAGAUCGAGGGGACCUUGGGAAUGGAGUUCCAUCUUAAUCCCAAUCAGAAAGAGGAGGAACCGUGAAGAUCUUCAUCACCAUGACCACUGCUAUCACCACCACCACUAUACUUAAUAACACUUCCCUAUCAUUGCAUUUCCAGAAAAGAGAAUUAUAUAGACACAGAUCCUUCCCUGUCACAGCUUACAAUAUGACAUAAAUAACAUUAAGCUGAACUAAAUGUCUCAUAAAACUAAAUAAAAUCAACUAGCAUUUG